CCAUGUCACUCUCCAAGGUCCAAACCCUAGACUUGUGAUUCUCCCCUAACAAAUAAAAUCACCCUUUGCCUCAAUUACUCUGCAUUUUCUCGCACUUCCCCUCGAAACCCCUCUCUUUUUCUCGGCUAAAUCCCCCCUCUCAAACUCUUCCCGGCCGAUUGGAUCUGAGUAUUUUUUAUUAAAACUCUAUCCAGUCCCAUCAAUCCGGAAGAGAGGCCUCCAAUCCUCUGACCCUCCUCAAAUUCUAAGGCUUUUGGAUCUGAAAAGGCUAGGAUUUUCUUGCUCAGUUCGCUAAAGUUUCGGUCUUUUGUUCAAAUUUCUGGUUCUCGGAUUAGGAGUCGUUAUUUUGGAGGAAAAUUGAAGGGUCUUGGGGAGGCAUCGGAGAAAAGGCUGAGCUGCCAAUGCCAUUGUUGGUUUGGAAAUUGGUGAAUUUUUCGGUGAUUUUUGAGAAACCGAAAAAGUUUGAGUUUUUGGAAGUGAGAAGAAGAAGCAUCAAUGUCUUGGGCAGGCCCAGAAGAUGUCUACCUUUCCACUUCUCUUGCUAGCUACCUUGACAAGAAGCUUCUUGUGCUGCUCCGUGAUGGUCGAAAACUUUUGGGGAUACUUCGGUCUUUUGAUCAAUUCGCCAAUGCCGUUCUCGAGGGUGCAUGUGAGAGAGUCAUUGUUGGGGAUCUUUACUGUGACAUCCCCUUGGGUCUUUACGUCAUCCGUGGGGAGAAUGUUGUUCUAAUUGGCGAGCUGGAUUCAGAAAGGGAGGAACUUCCACCACACAUGACUCGCGUUUCAGCUGCAGAAAUUAAAAGGGCACAGAAAGCAGAAAGAGAAGCUUCUGAUCUUAAAGGUACAAUGAGAAAAAGAAUGGAGUUCCUGGAUAUGGAUUAAACGAGUCGCUCGCCCGUCCGCAAAUAUUAUAGCGGCUGCUAUUCAUUCUCUUCUUCUUCCUGUAGUUGGCCGAUGUUCGUAGAUGGUACAUGUCAAAUCUUCGAAAAUUAGAAUUUCAAUCAACAGUUGUUCUAAUUUCUGUCUGUAAUAUUUGGCUGAAUUAGUACAAGUGUCCCUUUGCUUUAAAAGCUUCACCAUUUUUUUGUGGAUUCAAAAGUUCUAGGGAACCCGAAUUUAGUUUGUUCAUAGACCUUUUGACGAAACAAAGAAGAUCAAAGAAGUCUACUGGACA